AUGCUGCAGAUACUUACACAUGCCAAACAGCAAGAGUCCCGACCAAGUCUUUUCACCCUCGCUUCUGCUAUGAAGGACUCUGGGAGGACAAGAAGCUGGAGUGCGGCCAUGAGUUUGUUCCGAGAGUGUUCGCAGUCCAGUAUGCAAACCGAUACUGUUCUGUAUGCAGUCGCGAUCAGCACGUGUGGAAAAUGCAAGCAGUGGCAGCAGGCCGUGUCAUUGCUCAACGAAAUAGAGGAGGUAAAAUUGGAACCAGGAGCCAUCAGCUGCAGCACCGGAAUCAGUGCGUGCGAGAGGAGUGGACAAUGGCAGUGGGCUUUGUCGCUGUUGAAGCACAUGUGGAACUUGGAGCUGGAGCACGAUGUUGUCUGCUGCAGCGCUGGAAUCAGCGCGUGCGCGAAAGGCGAAAAGUGGGAGCAUGCACUGUCGCUGUUUCACGCAAUGGGGGAAGCGAGAUUGAAACCAGACGUCUUCAGUUAUGGAGCUGGAAUCAGCGCAUGUGAGAAAGGGUUGCAAUGGCAGCUUGCGCUGAUGUUGCUCAGGAGAAUAGGAGAGUCUACGUUAGAGCCGAGCCUCAUAGCGCAUAAUUCUGCCAUCAGUGCGUGCGAGAAGGGCGGCCAAUGGCAGCAGGCACUGUCCCUAUUGAGGGAGAUGCGGGAAGUAGCCUUGGAGCCAGACAUCAUAAGCUUUAGUGCCGGGAUCAGUGCACUGGACAGAGGUGAGCAGUGGCAGAUGGCGUUGUCAUUUUUCAGGGAAAUGUGGGAGAUUAGAUUGAAGCCAAACGUUGUCGAACUACGGUGCUGGGGUCAGCGCGUGCGCGAAUGGCGGGAAGUGGCAGCAUGCACUAGCGUUGCUCAAAACAUCGAGUGA